GUAAUUAUAAAACUGGUUGGAGAGUCUUGCCCUGGGACUCUGGGACUGGGUCGUCGUCUUCUUCUUCUUCUUCCUUUCGCCUUUCGCAGGUACAGACCUCCCAACGACUCUUCUUCGCCGACCCAUAUAAAUAAACUCUCCAUCUCCUCACAUCACAUCACAUCUCUCAUUCUCUAAUCUGGAGAUUAAUUAGAAGAUGUUAGCCAAGCAACACCACUCUUCUCCUUUCCCUUCUCCAUCUUGUUUUCGCCCCAAUGGCUCCUCCGCCGCAUUAGGCGGCGCAAAUCGGUCUUCCAAGGUGGCGCCGCCGCUCCCCGCUGCUCCCACGCUCGCUACUUCUCUUUAUCAUACUAAGUUGGGUCUAUUUGCCCUUACUUGGUCCCGCAGCAUCCUUGGUCGGUCUUUUCACCUCCAUUUUGCGCUCGACGAGGACGACGAGGACGCGGUCAGUACGGCGUCGUUUGCUUCUCUCUCUUCUACUCCUUCCUUUCAUCUCCACAUCAAGCCCUUCAUCUUCUGGAAAAGGCAGGGAUCCAAACGGCUCCAAAUCGGCGGAAAAAUCAAGAAUGCCCAUAUCUUCUGGGAUCUUAGCAGGGCGAAGUUUGGAUCCGGACCCGAACCCAGAUCCGGAUUCUACAUCGCCAUUGUCAUCGACGGCGAAAUGGUCCUCCUCGUCGGAGACUCCCAAAAAGAAGCCUAUUCCAAAACCAAAACGAAAUUCCCGGCCACCGGCGCCGGUUCCGGCGCCGGCCAAUCCAUGGUGCUAAGGAGGGAACACGUCUACGGCGGCAAACUGUACGUCACGAGAGCCACCGUCGGCGGGCGGGACCGGAACAUAUCCAUCGAUUGCCGCCUCGCCGGCGACGACCCGCGGCUCUAUUUCUACGUGGACAACAAAAGGGUCCUCCAAGUGAAGCAUCUGAAGUGGAAAUUCCGCGGCAACGAGCGCAUCGAGAUCGACGGAAUCCCCAUCCACGUCUCCUGGGACGUCCACAACUGGCUCUUCGAAGACGACGAAGAUGGCUACGCUCUCUUCAUGUUCAAAUUCGAGAAACAGAGCUUCAGAGACGAAGAAGACGACUAUUUGAACCACCUAACCGCCCGGAAAGCGGUGAACAGCUGCGGAUUCGGGUUCGAGACGAAGAUGAUGAAGAAGGGCUUGCUCCGGACGGCGAGAAGCUCGUCGUCGUCGUCGCUGUCGUCGGCGUCGUCCAGCUGUAGUUCGGUGAUGGAGUGGGCCAGCACGGAAGAGAAUGAGCUCAAGGGCCCUCCCGGAUUCUCAUUGCUGGUUUAUGCUUGGAAAAGUUAAAUUUUUAUUUAUUUUUACCAAAAAUCAAAUAUUUUUUCCUUGUUUCAAUUUCUCUUUCAACUAACUCAUUCUUCAAUCUUCAUGUAAGAGUAAUACAAUGAAAAUAUUCAAAAUAAUAAAACCAUAUAUAUAUAGAUUGAUAUUAUUUGGAUAUGGGUCGGAUCUUCUUCCCACUAACAUCUCAUUGUUUUGCCUUCUUCCAUUUGUGAGUGGUAAAUUUUGCUUAUGUUACUGCAGGGGUACGAUGUAAUUGUAAAUUAUGUAAUGUUUUCUUUGAUUUUGCUCAAAAUAUGAGUAUAUAUAUAUAGAAUAACAAAAUUAAAUUUCUAGCAUAAAA